AUGAUUCCAUCCGCCCAUGUCUACGGGCACCAUCCUUUUCAAGGUGGUGACUCGCCCUGGCUGCACCACCAACCGUCCCAUCACGGGCAGAGCCACCAAGGCGGCGUCUCCGUGGCCCAGCAGCAGCAGCAGCAGCAGCAGCAACAGCAGCAGCAACAUCAGCACUUCAACCGCAUGACGGCGAACCACUCCGCCGCCGGGAACAUGGUGGCUGCGCACGCCCAGGACGCGGGCCACGAGAACAUCUCGGACGACAACCGACGGACCAUGGCUUUCAUCGCCGACCUGCUCAACGAGAGCACGAGGGAGACGGCGUUGCUCGAGCUGAGCAAGAAGCGCGAGCAAGUGCCCGAGCUGGCACUCAUCCUGUGGCAUUCUUUCGGCGUCAUGACCUCGCUCCUGCAGGAAAUCAUCUCCGUCUACACCCUUCUCAACCCCUCACAGCUGACGGCGGCGGCCUCGAACCGAGUCUGCAACGCCCUCGCGCUUCUGCAAUGUGUCGCCUCCCACAACGACACGCGGGCUCUGUUUCUCAACGCGCACAUCCCCCUCUUUCUCUACCCAUUUCUUAACACGACAUCCAAGUCGCGACCGUUUGAAUAUCUCCGACUGACAAGUCUCGGCGUCAUCGGCGCCUUGGUCAAGAACGACUCGUCCGACGUCAUCAACUUUCUGCUGACGACGGAGAUCAUUCCGCUCUGCCUCAGAAUCAUGGAGACUGGCUCGGAACUUAGCAAGACUGUUGCCAUCUUCAUCGUCCAGAAGAUUUUGUUGGAUGACAACGGCCUCAACUACAUAUGUGCAACCUACGAGCGCUUCUACGCCGUCGGCACCGUCCUCAGCAACAUGGUUGCCCAGCUCGUCGAGUCGCAGACGGCGAGACUUCUUAAGCACGUCGUCCGCUGCUUUCUUCGCCUCAGCGACAACGCCAGAGCUCGCGAGGCCUUGCGACAGUGCCUCCCCGAGCCUCUCCGAGAUGCCACCUUUUCCUCCGUGCUGCGGGAUGAUGCCGCGACGAAGCGGUGCCUCGCCCAACUUCUCAUCAACCUCUCCGACAACGUCGUCGAUCCCGGGUCGCAAGGCGUUUCCGGCAUGUGA